AGAUUGACCCCAAGCCACUAUCGAUAAGGAAGAAGAUUUUAGUGGGUGUCAUUAUCGGCCACCUUGGACCAAGCAAGACCGAGGACAAGGUUCACCUCCAACACAAUCUAGUCGGGGCCAGUUAGAAUCAGCAUCAUGGGCAAGAAGAACAAGAAGUCUGCCGAGCACAAGGAGCGGGUAGCAGCGAAACAGUCGAAAAAGGCUGACAAGAAAGAAAAGAGAGGCAAGGGCAAGGGUAAGGAUGCAGACAGUGAUGCUGAAGAUGCCGACUUGGAUGCCAUCCUUGCCCAGUAUGCAGAGGAGCAAGCCAGAUUCCUGAAGGUCACGGAGGUCGUCAGUGAUCCUCCUACUCCGCGCUCGUCCGCUACCGUACUGGCUUCCCCGUCGAACCAGAACGAGCUUCUGGUCUUCGGCGGAGAGUAUUUCGAUGGCAAUCUGGCUACCUUCUUCAACAACCUUUUCGUUUACAACAUCAAUCGGGGGGAGUGGAAAGAGAUCAACAGUCCCAAUAGUCCUCUGCCUCGGAGUGGACAUGCAUGGUGCCGUGGCGGCAACACUGGAGGUGUCUACUUAUUUGGAGGAGAAUUCUCCUCUCCAAAGCAGGGUACUUUCUAUCACUACAAUGAUUUCUGGCACCUUGAUCCUUCCACCAGAGAGUGGACCCGUCUGGAAAUCAAGGGCAAGGGCCCUCCGGCUAGAAGUGGCCACCGGAUGACUUACUACAAGAACUACAUCAUCUUGUUUGGAGGAUUCCAAGAUACCUCGCAGCAGACCAAAUACCUUCAGGACCUGUGGAUCUACGAUUGCUCAAAUUACACUUGGUUCAGUCCCAAUCUUUCAGUGGCUUCGCAGAAACCUGAUCCCCGUUCAUCUUUCUCUUUCCUGCCACACGACACAGGUGCCGUUCUUUAUGGCGGCUAUUCCCGGGUCAAAGUCAGCGCUGGCAACAGUGGAAAACCCGUGAAGAGUGGCCCUCAACGGAUGACGAUGAAGCCUAUGGUUCAUCAGGAUACUUGGUUCCUCCGAAUCACACCUCCUCCUGCUGAUGCUCCGGCUUCUACGCUCCCGACAGUACGCUGGGAGCGAAGGAAGAAGCCAGCUAACUCACCCAACCCGCCUCGUGCUGGUGCCACCAUGGCCUACCACAAGGGGCGUGGCAUCAUGUUCGGCGGUGUCCAUGAUGUCGAACUGAGCGAGGAGGGAAUUGACAGCGAGUUCUUCGACACCAUGUUUGCCUGGAAUACUGACCGUAAUCGUUUCUUCCCCCUUUCUCUGAGGCGGCCCCGGGCGCAAGGCAAGAAACAGGUAGCGAACCAGUUCAAGUCCCGGGACCGUAGCAAGGCUACGGAAGAGGAACUUCUGCAGAAUUUGAAAGCCCUGGAAGCCAAGGGCGGCGUUCGGGAUUUGGACGACGAUGACGAAUUGCAGUUGACAUCCAAGGCCGACGAAGAGCCAGCCCAGCCAGAGAAACCCUCUGUGGUGCGAUUCGAGAUGCCCCAUCAACGAUUCAAUGCGCAGUUGGCGGUGCAAGACGACACUCUUUUCAUCUUUGGUGGAACCUUUGAGAAGGGCGACCGGGAAUUCACGUUCAACGAUCUGUACUCAAUUGACCUGGUCAAGCUCGAUGGAGUGAAGGAGAUUUACUAUAACGAACCUGACAAUUGGCAUCUGCUCAACGAAGCGGAGAGCGAUGACGAGAUGGAUGAAGAUGAGGAGGACGACCUUGAUGAAGAGGAUGAAGGAGAUGAAGACGCGAUGUCCCUCGACACUGCCUCUCCUGCGCCGACUGAAGCUACCGUUCCAUCGGUGACUAAAGAACUGGAACAAUUGGAGGUGGAAGAGCAGGAGUCGGAGCCAUCAGUUCAGGACAGCAGACCCCUUCCUCGUCCCUUCGAGAGCUUGCGUGAAUUCUUCAGCCGGACGUCGGAAGAAUGGCAGAAGAUCCUGAUGGAUACCUUGAAAGAGAAAGGCAUGGCAUUGGACAAAAACAUCAAAGAACUUCGCAAAGAUGCGUUCAACAUGGCAGAGGAGAAAUGGUGGGAUAGCAGAGAAGAGAUCAUGGCUCUGGAAGACGAGCAAGAGGAGGCUGGUAUUGGUGAGGUGGUCAGCAUUGCUGAUAGAGCAGACAAUGCCGGCGGCGCUGGCAGACGCAGGUAAUCUUGGUUGAAAAGCUUAUUAGAAUACUCAAAACAUCGAUGUUCUUCAAUGCAACUUUAUGAUUUUUCGGAGC